CUGCAUCAAGAAAACUCCUUCAAAUCACAUCAACACAUACACAAAAACACAAACACUUCUCUUCAACCCUCAAACAAAAAUGGCCACAAACUCUCUCCAUUACUCCAUCCACCACCAUUCCCUCCUCAAACGCCACCACAACCCUUCAGAAACUCCUCCCCCCACAUCACUCUUCCUCAAACCUUCCACACCAACCUUAACUCUCUCCCACCACACUCUUUCUACUAACUCUCAUAUCACUUUCUUUUCCCUCUCCCAAACCACACCCUCUUCAUCCUCCUCCACCUCCCAAACCAGCCCCUCCUUUGACCUCCUCCGCCACCACCUCUCCUCCCAAAACUUCCAGCUAGCUGAUGAAGAGACCCGUCGUCUCCUCAUCGUGCUUGCUGGAGAAGCAGCUCUGAAGCGCGGCUACGUGUUCUUCUCUGAGGUGCAGUUCAUAUCCGGCAGCGACCUCUUGACCAUUGACACCCUUUGGAGGGAGCACAGUGGCAACAAAUUCGGAUACAGUGUGCAGAAAAAGAUACUGGAGAAGGCCAAUGGGGAUUUCACCAAGUUCUUCAUCAAAGUGGGGUGGAUGAAGAAGCUUGAUACUGAGGUGGAGCAGUACAACUACAGGUCUUUCCCUUCUGAGUUCAUCUGGGAGCUCAAUGAGGACACUCCAGAGGGUCACUUGCCUCUCACAAACGCUCUCAGAGGGACACGGUUACUCAAUAACGUUCUCAGCCACCCUGCUUUUGUUGAUACUGACAAAGAACGUGAUGGAAAAGAUGAUGCUGAGAACAAGGACAACGGGGCACUCGCAGGAUCAAAGGAUAAUAGUUCAUCUUCGAAGACAUUGUCCCAGAGGGUCUUUAAACCGGAUUAUAGCUUCUGAGUGGACACAGGAUGUACUUUAAUUUGGACUUAUAGUAAUUAUUAAUUUAUCAACCAUUGCAGAUGGAUGAUACUUCACUUCA